UAGCCAGUUACAGUUAAUACCUUUGCGAUGGCUAAGCUAAUUAUAUUAUAUAUUUUUCUGUCGCUAUUCGUGGCUUCUGGAUGGUCGACUUACAAAUUCGAAAUUGAUAUAAUCAGAAAACUAAACGCAGAACAUGCAAACUCUACCAGCUUUGUGAUAUCUCCUUUUUCAAUACACCAGGCACUGGCCAUGCUCUACUUGGAAAAGGAGAGUCGCCGGGACUAUCAACUGGCCAAGGGCCUUGGUAUUACUGGAAAGGGUAGCGAACAGAUCAUAUCCCACUUCGAUGAGGCGUAUCACAAGCUCAUUAAGGAGCAGUUUAUAUUGGCAAACCAUAUAUUUUACCCAGAGAAAUUCAAUGUAACGCAACACAUGAAGAAAAUGAGUGACGAACUCCAUGUAGAUGUGGCGAAAUUAAAAUUUUCCAAUGCAGGUAACGAAAUCACACAAUGGAUGCAAAUAGCAAUUCAAGAAGUUAACUCCGACUUGAUGUCCAAGACAGCGAUUACUGAUAAAACUAAGCUCAUAGCUGUCCAAGGACUUUUUCUGGAACCCAAGUUGAAGUUUCGUUUUUUGACGUAUUUUGAGAAGGCCUUUCCAUUAAAUAUGCCACAUUUAGUUGAGACUCAUUAUAAAAUCAAAAUGAUGUAUGGUCAAGGACCGGUUUCAUACAUCGUCACGGGUCAUGUCGAUGGCGUGUCGAUACCAUUUCCUAAAACCAAUUUAAAAAUGAAAAUUUUUAUGCCCGCGAGUGGCAAUAAUCAGGAAGUUCUCGACAAUUUAAAUGAAUAUUUGGGUUUGAAAAUGCACAAAUACAAUAAAAUGAAUUUAUUGAUGCCCAUAUUUACAGUGGAUAAAACCCUUGAUUUAGGUAAAGCCCUCGAGAGUUUUGGUUUCAAGAAAGUUUUUGCUAAAAAUGUUGAUUUUAAAUUAAAUACAACGGCUCCCAUUUUCAAGCAGCUCAGCGCUCUAAGAGUAAAGUCACACAACAUGUUCCCUUUCGAAUAUCAGAAGCAUGACCACCAUAAAGAGUUUGUAAUCAAACCACCCUUUGUGUUCGUUAUCAAGGACCAUAAGCACAUUUACAUGGCCGGCCGCGUGGAUACUAUGAAGCCGCGUAGAUACUUUUUUAACUGAAUUGUAAAUUAAAUUAACUGAAAUAAAUUCAAACAAGGAGGCGCA